GAGCUUAGCUCUCUAUUAAAUAUAACUUCUUGUAUACCUCGCAAUUGUCCCCCAGAGCGCAGCCUCCUUACACAGGAUGUCUAUAACGCUACACUAAUAGUGCUAGAUCCUAAACUAGUCAGGAUCAAGUUCCAUCUUCUUGUAAUUUAUGGCCUUUUAGUUAGGUACAAUUAA